CCAGCUGCCGGCCUGUGCGCUCAGGCUGCAGCCUGCUAAGCGAACGGUGAGAGGCCAUUCCACGCACCUCACGCUGCGGGCCCAGGGAGGGGUCUCUCCAGCCUCGCUUUUAUUUGGCUGCUGUGAGCUGCAGGAAAUUUCAAGGCUGUCCUACAUCUUGGAGCUAGAAAUGGGAGCCAGUGGGAACGCUGUGCCUGCAGGAAGAAAGGAGCUGAAGUGAUGGGUGCACAGUGUUUGUGUGGCGUCUGCAUGCAUGUGACAAAGAGGGGGACACACAUGCUGCGAAGGGAUGCACCGACCCGUGUCCCCGCCUGCUCGGUCCAGACCGUGUGACCACUGACUUUCAGCCCAGCAAACCUACGUGGCCAGGAGGAGUUAAGUUAAGGCUGAAGAGCAGGCGGAGUGAAACUCCGGGCCGACCUCACUCCUGGCAUUCAACCAAACUUUCAGAGAACCAACCCGAUCCCAGCAUGAUGCAAAUAUCUCAGGGUAUGCUUGGCACCCCUUGGCUUCAGUCCUACCACUCCAGCUCCUCAACCAGCGAUCUCUCUGGCUAUGAGCAUGGCUAUCUGAGGAGAAGCCCUGACCAGUACAGUUCCCAGGGCAGCAUGGAAAGCUUGGACCACUCCUCCCCUGGCUACCAUCCUUGUCACCUGUCCCCAGCCAAAUCCACCAACAGCAUCGACCAGCUCUCCCACCUGCACAGCAAGAGAGAUUCAGCCUACAGCUCCUUCUCCACCAACUCCAGCAUUCCCGAGUACGCUGCUUCGCCAUUCAGCAAGGAGCACUCCUGCUCCACAGACAGCAUGCACUCCCGCAGCAGCCUACCAGAGGGCAUGAAGCAAGCUGACAUCAGGUAUGUCAAGACAGUCUACGACUCUCAGCGAAGGAUUUCUGAGGAGUACGAGGUGAAGUCCUCUGCUUUGCUUCCAAGCAGUGAGGCCCGGAUCUUGCAGAAUGGCCGCGGCCAUGGCAGGCUCCACAACUUCAGCCGGAACAGCACAGCUCCCUCCUGGGUGCCGUCAGGCCAGGGCUGCUCAGACAGCGAAAGCAAGCCCCACAAGGGACCUCCCUUGCCUCCCACUCGCAGUGACAGCUAUGCAGCCAUCAGGCAUCACGAGAGACCCAGCUCAUAUUCUGGCCUUGAUCUGAACAAGCCUAGCCGAAGCCAGCUGAAAGGGUCCUGGUCUCCUCUUGUCAGCCCACUCUCCCAGGGACCUCUACUGAAGACCCACUUUGAGGAAGGGCAGCUGCACACAGUGGUGGAGAAGAGCCCGGAGAGUAGUCCCACAGUGAAGCCCAAGCAGAGCUAUUCCCACCCAGGGCAGCCCCUGCUGCCUACCGGAGUUUACCCAGUACCUUCUCCAGAGCCACACUAUGCCCAGGUGCCCCAGCCUUCUGCAAGCAAUAAUGGGACUCUUUUUCCAGCUCUGGCCAAAGAAAGUGGCUACUCUUCAUCUUUUCCAGUCUCGUAUGACAAAGGUGCAGCCAGCAGCACCCUGGGCUUUGAUGAGAAUGGAAACCAAAGUACUACAAACAGAUCGGCUGUUUUUUACGAGCCCCCAGAUGCUGAGAGAAAGCAUGAUGCCACAGCACAGCUUGUCCAGCAAAAACUUCAUAACACAGAAGUCUACUUAAGCAUGUCAAGGAAGGAGGAGUUGUUACCCUCUUACAAGGCAGCACACUGCAACCGAGAUGCUGUGAGUCCUGCACAGGCCUCUAAACACAGCUUUCAAGCCCUGCAGAUCCAGCCAAGAGAUGCCGGUGAGAGAAAAAGCCCCUACCAGUCCAGAGAGAACCGGGAGGCUGAAUGCCAGGCUGACAAAAAUGGCAACAUACAGAUAAAUGAGAGAGAUGCUGCCACGCACCUCCAGUGGGGUCACAACAAAUCCAGGCAGUAUAGCUUCUCUUCUUUGCAGAACAUCCCUGAGAGCUCCAGGAGGCAAAGUAGCUCUGAGCCAUGUGAAAAUUAUUCCAGUGCCAAGCUGUCCUACUUGAACAACAGCACCAAAGAGGAGAGGGAUCACAGAGGACAACGCAGUGAUGCAGACCCGCAGGCCCUUACGAGGCAGGACGAGGGCAAGAGCAUGGCCCCAUUUCAUGCUGUAGAGCCAAAAUAUGAGGAGAUUCCUUUGCAGCACCCAAAGACCUCUGAUCUUGGGAGGAGCCGGCUCAGCUCUAGCAGCACCCAAGGUGUUCUUCAUGGCAAACCAGAUCCCAGCAAGUCCCGCUGCUCUGUGCUAGAGAAGGUCAGUAAGUUUGAGCAGCGAGAGCAAAGCACUCACCGGCCCCAGAGUGCUGGUGUUCCCAGCUUUGGCCAGCAUUAUGGGCUCAGCAGGGUGAGCCAGACCUCCAGCACCAAGAGCUCUCCAAGCAGCCCAGAGGAUAUGCGGAGCAAACUUGGCACCCAGCUGCCCAGUGAGAUGAGCAGAGUCUCCAGCCCCUCUGUCAGGAACGGGAAGUUGGAAGAGGCUGAUUGGCGCUGUGUGGAGCUGCAGAUGGCAGCUUCAGCGAAGCAGGCAAGAUGCAAUGAGUACUAUGACACGUGUCCUGAAAAUGAAGUGCAAAUAAGGGUGGCCCAGCUGCCAAGGAGCAAAAGCACAUUCCAGCUGGGAGGGGAGCCUGAGAAAGAAGUCCUCUGGAAGGACAACAUCCAGGAUGCCCACGGGUCACAGCUGGACACACCGUUCAACAGGGCCUACAGGAACAGCAUUAAAGACGCACAGUCCCGAGUGCUGAGGGCCACCUCCUUCCGGCGCAUCAGCCCCCCAUUUGCAAAUAUGCCCAAGAGGGCGAUCCAGAGGCCUGCCUCAGCUCAUGUGGGCAUGAGGAGCAUGGCGGCGUCUCCCCACACCCCAAAGGAGAGACACAGCGUCACGCCAACGGAAGGCAGCCUCUCUGCCCUGGACUACUCCAGGACACCUCACAUCUUGCGUAUCGGGGGCCGGAAGCGGCUGACAGCAGAACAGAAGAAGCGGUCUUACUCGGAGCCAGAGAAGAUGAAUGAGGUGGGCAUCUCUGAUGGGGAGCCAUCACCUUUCUCCUUCCAGAAGAAGGGCCUCCAUUUUGUCUUCCCAGAGAACACGGUGGCUGAUAGGCGUAAGAUCUUUGAAAGGGAUGGCAAAGCUUCUUCCGCUGUCAGCCUCUCUAAGCCAGAGCUCAAGCAACUCCAGCAGAAUGCCCUCGCCGACUACAUUGAGCGCAAAACGGGCAAACGACCAUCCUCACAGGACGGUGGGCUGCUCAGGGAGCGAUCCCACAGCUCCUACCUGCAAGCAGGUGGCCAGGACAGCCAGAGCCUUUCCUCUGCCUCCAGCAUGAAUUCUCUCCAGGAUCAGAACCUCUUCCGCCGGAGGGAGUCUGUUGAGCGGAUAGCCAGGACAGGGCGGGUGUCUUCCACCCUUCCUCCCGGGCUGACGGGCUGCUUUGAUGGGAGUGGGGAUGAGCAGAAGAAAGGACGCUGGGACAGCUCGAUCAUGAGCAGAUCGAAAACAGACAGGUGUCGGGAUUAUAGAGCCCAAAUGGAGCUCACCAAAGGCACGCAGACAGACCCUUUGCACCCGCAGGGCCAGCCUUGCUAUGGGAAGAAGGAGCAGAGCUUUGAAGCACCCAGGAAAUCUGGGAAAUCAGUGUCUGUGGAAGACUUGCUUGAUAGAUAUGACAAUCAGCAAAGGAAUGCAUGUGUCCCUGUGCACACACGUUCCAGAUCUUCGCCCAUAGCAGAUAAAAAACACCAGGACCUGCUGAGAAGAGAAAGCAGUGAAUUUGGUGCCAUGGGGAGAGAUCCUUUCUAUGUGAUCAGUGCAGGAGCCAGGUCUUUCAGCAAGAAAGAAAGAAGCCACUCAGAAAAAAUGACAUUUACAAGUUAUUAUCCCCAUCCACACCACAUCAGUGAGAUUGGUACUGGGUCUUCUGCACUGACCGAGAACCAUAAGGUCUCAGAACUUUCCAGACAAGAUGGCAGGAGUUCUGCAUUUGUUCCGUCUCCAACAGAGGCAAGGAGUCACUAUCCUGAGCAAAAGCAAGGCUUUAAAUCCAUGUUCCUCAUUCCUUCUGCAUCUAGCCAGUCCUCCCCUAGUACACCUGCCUCCGACUUGCAGGCCACAGGUGAUGGCCAGGCUCUGAGACAGCACCAUGCCGAACAAGAUGCUUUUCCUUUUGGGGGCAGCACUACUGCUCAGGCACCGUCUUUGGAUGCUGUUCAGGAUAGGUCCGUCGAGGCUCCUGAAGAGGACAUUGUAUGCAGAAGGAAAGCAGGGCUGCUGCAAAGAUCCCUCCCACACAGAGUGAUGUGGGCUCACUCAGUCAAAGACAACAGCUUGCCACAUGCUGUGGUGCCUCCUCCAGCAGAUGGGCCAAAGUUCUCCCAGAGGUGGCAGUCCCUUCCAACACAGAGCAGCACUUCCUCUGACCCAGAGACUCCUUCUCCCCAGGCGACAACUCACCUCCGGAUCUCAGAGUCAUGCCUGCAGCUCACGCCUCCACCGCUGCUGCAGGAUGAUGAAGAUGAUGAGGUGUUCAUCAUGCCUUCCCAGCCUGCUGUCACUGCUCCGGCCUUCUCACCCCCACUGCCACCCCAUUCUCUUCCUGAGUUGAGCUCUUGCACUUCUGCGAAUGGCACGGAGGAAUUCCCACCUCCUUCCCCACCAACUGCACUUGAGGAAUACGGGGCAGCUGGAGACACGUCCACCAGGCUCACAGAGGACAAAGUGAGCAGCUUCAAAAGCUUUUCCAAAGCCCUGGCCAAGAGGGAGAUAACAGGGUUGGGCACGAAUGUCAGUGAAAAUAAUUGGUCCUUCUCACCAUCUUUAUCAAAGAGGACUAAUUCUUCACCUGCUGUGGAUAAGCAGCACCAAUCAGCUACUUCUGAAGGGCCUCAAAGCUCUAAUGGAGAACCCACAACUCAACCUGAGGGCAACCAGAGAGAACCAGCAGUUAUCACCACAGAGUCAGAAAAUAGUGGUGCAGACUCUGGGACAUUCAACACAUGUCCUCCAAUGAAGACAAAGAAAAAAAGCCCAGAGGAUAUUAAGUCAGAGGCUUUAGCAAAAGAGAUUGUCCAUAAAGACAAGUCUCUGGCUGAUAUCCUGGAUCCUGACUCCAAAAUGAAGACAACCAUGGACUUAAUGGAGGGGCUUUUCCCCAGUGGAACCAGCUUGCUGAAGGAGAACAACAUGAAAAGGAAGAUGACACAGAAGAAAGCUAGCAGGACAGUAGCAGAAGAUAACACGAAAGAAGAAAAGGAAGCUCCUGUAACUAUGGUCACCUGCCCUGCUUAUUAUAAUGUUUCAGCACCCAAAGCAGAACUACUGAAUAAAAUCAAAGAUUUGCCACAAGUAGGGGAGGAGGAGGAGGACUUGUUGGACAUCAACGAGAAGAAGGCUGAGCUCAUCGGGAGCUUGACCCACAAACUGGAAAUCCUGAAGGAAGCAAAGGAAGGCUUACUUGCAGACAUCAAAAUGAAUAAUGCUCUCGGAGAGGAGGUGGAGCUGUUGAUCAGCGAGCUAUGCAAACCAAACGAGUUUGACAAAUACAAGAUGUUCAUCGGCGAUUUGGAUAAGGUGGUGAACCUCUUGCUUUCUCUCUCAGGACGCCUGGCCCGGGUAGAGAAUGUUCUCAGUAGCCUAGGGGAAAAUGCCAACAGUGAAGAGCGGAGCUCUCUGAAUGAGAAGAGGAAACUGCUGGCUGGCCAGCAUGAAGAUGCCCGGGAAUUGAAGGAAAACCUCGACCGUCGAGAACGGGUGGUUUUGGAGAUCCUGGGCAACUACCUCUCUGAGGAACAGCUCCAGGACUACCAGCACUUUGUAAAGAUGAAGUCUGCACUCCUCAUAGAGCAACGAGAGCUAGAUGAUAAAAUCAAACUGGGUCAGGAGCAGCUCAAGUGCCUGAUGGAAAGCCUCCCCACAGACUUCACGCCCAGGGAUGCAACAGCAGCAGCUGCCCUAGCUGCAGCACUUGCUACCUCUGCUGGAGUCAAUGGUAAAACACUUCCAGCAGUCUCAUCCUCACUUUAACCUUUCCCAUGUGGACCUGGGGCAAAGUCUUCCUGCUUGAGUCUAUUUAAUCCAAGUGCUGUGCAGAUGGCUCUCUACAGUGACAGUGAACAGAGACAGGUUUAAAACCAGAUUUCGGUGAAGGAAACAAAUAGCAAUAAUAAGGGUUUUAUUUUUCUUUCCUUCCACCACUGCUUCCUGGAAACUUAAAUCACUCUGGGGGGAACGAAACUCAAUUGUGUCUCCUCCUAACAGAGAUGAGGAAGACUCUCAUGAGAAUUAAACAUGUUACUUUUAAUAAAAGAAAAUCACGUCCUCUCUUUCCUGCUUUUCCUGCCUACCUGGCAUCUCAUUAAAUAAUGAAGGAUCUAAAAGAAUGAAGCCUUAAAAAUAAAACCAACCCAUUCUACUGAACAUUAUUGAUAUUUAUAUUUUUUAAAGAACAAGGUGAUGUGUAAGUUUUUGUACAUACUCUAAUCAGUUACUUGAUUCUACUUUGUUCUGUAUGUAGAAAAGACAUUUAAUUUUGUAUUUUGUGAAAACUUUAACAAAAAGAGGGAGCCCCAAAGAUAGUGAUGCAUUAGCCUGGAACAUCUCUUUGUGGUUUUGUUGUUGUUAUUGUUUGUUUUUUUUUUUUUUUAAUAUAAUAAAAGGCUACCAGAAGAAGUUUCAACCUGUUUCAACACACACUGAAGAUAACUAGUCAGUGUCCAUAUGAGGGACAUCUUGGCCAGAAAAGCACAAUCCUUCCACCUCAGUACCUUGUGAUCCAAUGAUUCUCAAGUUUAAAUAUGCUUUUUUGAGAGCUUGCAUCUCAGGAGUUAGUGUAAAGUAAUUAAUCCUGCUCUGUACUCAGUGUGGAAGUUUGAGGUGGAGUCUGUUUUGUUCUAACUAGUCCAACUCAACAUCUGUGUUACUGUUGCAGCUUGAAUGCAUUUCUGCGACAUGUGAGAGGGAUCUCUAAUGACAUUAUUUAUAGAACUGUAUUUCUGAAGGGGAGAUGUACACUAGGAUUAUUUUCACACAGUAGUAUCUCAUUUGUCUGAAUCCAUUUCAUUAGAAACUAACUUACAAGCUACAAGAAGCAUUAACUUGAAAUCCUACUGUAAGGACUAUUGGAUUAUUUCCUAAUCAGUCCAGACUGGAAUAACUAAAUUUGCCCGACUAUACUUUAUCAUUUUACCAAGUGCUGAAGGAUUGCUGCCAGUUGGCAUUCAGCAAAGCAGACUGGGGCAGACUCCGUUUUUCUGUAUAUUUCUAUCCUCUCUAAUGAGCUGUGUUGCCAUUUAAAUGAUGUGGCCACAAGCUGCCUGGAAAGUUCACCACUGCAACUGAUAAAUCAGGCUCAGGUUGUCUCUUUCCUAAGCUUGCAGAGAUUUCCAGCUGUAGUAGGGAUUCAAGCAUCUUUUUUCUCCAGAAGAUUGCACUAUUCAUCUUGCUACCAGGAGCAGAGCAGAAAUUUUAGUUGUGUAGCUUUAAGUCCAUUCAUUAUGAAUGCCAGCUCCAGCACAUGUCUGAAAAUUACAGCAUUCAUUGCUUUGAAAGCCAGUUUUAAAGCUCCAUUUGUAUUUUUGAAUAGCUCGUGUAGCUCUACCACAGGCAGCUUGGAAGGCUGAAAAAUUUACCAGUGCCUUCCUGUCGUAUAAAGCAUCAAUUCUCCAAUACCCAAAACAAAAUCUACCUGGUAUUUUAAUGCUUUGUGAAGAAGUAAGCCAGAUACCUGCAAUGACAGCAAACAUAUCCUUUUUACUAAUGAGCUUACAUGCUGCUCAGGCUUAUACAACGUUUUAUAAGAACCCCAAGCAGGGGAACUGACUUUUUAUACCUUUAUAGCUGAAUCAAAAAAUUGAAAGUAUUUUGGAGGUACUCGAGAAUGAUUCUUUGUUUGGGAGGAUUUCAGGAAAACAGUAGGGGGAGCUGUUUCCAGCCAA